AUGACUGGAAUGAAUCGUUCUACAGUAUCUGAGUUUGUGCUUUUGGGUCUUUGUAAUUCACGGGAGCUCCAGAUUUUCCUUUUUAUUUUGAUUUUGGUGCUCUACCUGGUCAUAGUUUUAGGUAAUAUCUUUAUUGUUAUUUUAGUAAUUAUUGAUCUCCAUCUCCAUUCCCCCAUGUACUUCCUGUUGGCCAACCUCUCUUUUGUUGAUUUGUGGCUUUCUUCAGUCACCACACCAAAGAUGAUCACAGACUUACUCAAGGAAAACAAAACCAUAUCCUUUGAGGGAUGCAUGUGUCAGAUCCUCUUUGUGCAUUUUGUUGGAGGGGGUGAAAUGGUGUUGCUUGUUGUCAUGGCUUAUGACCGUUACAUAGCCAUAUGUAAGCCACUCUACUACACAGUCAUCAUGAACCAAAGGCGAUGCAUUUGUCUUGUAAUGAUGUCAUGGACUAUUGGAUUUGUGCACUCAAUUAGUCAACUGGUUGUGAUUGUGAAGCUGCCUUUCUGUGGCCCUAGAGUAGUGAACAGCUUUUUCUGUGACAUCCCACUAGUAAUUGAGCUUGCCUGCAUUGAUUCUUAUGUUCUGGGAAUAUUGAUGAAUGCUGAUAGUGGUGUUCUAGCUAUGACAUGCUUCAUUCUCUUGCUAAUUUCUUAUACUUACAUUCUACUCACAGUCUGCCAUCACUCCAAGGAUGGGGCAUACAGAGCACUCUCCACUUGCACUGCUCAUAUCAUGGUGGUGGUGUUAUUCUUUGGACCUUGCAUCUUCAUCUAUGUGUGGCCACUUAACAUAACAUCAGUUGACAAAUUUCUGGCUGUGUUUUACUCAGUUAUAACGCCUCUCCUAAAUCCAGCCAUCUAUACAUUUAGAAACAAAGAGAUGAAAGUUGCUUUGAGGAGAUUUAAAAGUCAUUACAAGAGUGGAGUCCUUAAAGGUCUUCUUUGUGAUUAG